GCCUCAUCGCUGAGAAUAUAGACCAUCUCACGGUGGUAUGGCAAUCGUGGGGACGGUGCAUCUUAAUUGCGUUAUCGCACUCCAUAGGUCACCAGUCAUGUUACGGAGAUCCGCUUCAUUAGUGCCACUAGUACUAAAGUGCUUCGAGAGACCGAAUUUAAAGCAUCACACAGUAAUUGGGUUCCGUUCAAGCCACUUUGCAGGUUCAUCAUCCAUAAUGACCAUAUCUACACUCCCUCUGAAUGACGGGUACCAGGUCCCCUGGAUAGCUUUUGGCACCGGUACUGCGCUCUAUCAAAAGGACGCUGAGGAGGCCAUCCGCCUUGCUAUUGACAAUGGCUUUACGCAUCUCGAUGGUGCGCAAGUCUAUGCCAACGAGGACACGUUGGGGAAUGGGGUAUUAGCUUCUGGGAAGUCCAGGUCCGAGCUCUUCAUAACGACGAAGCUCGGAAAAUUGCAACCUGGUGCAACUCCCAAGAGUGCACUCCAGGAGUCCUUGAAGCAGAUAAAAGUGGAUUAUGUCGAUUUAUACCUUAUCCACCAACCCAGCAACCACGUCGGGAAGCUAAAGGAGACCUGGAAAGGGAUGGAAGAGGCUCAGAAGGCGGGCUUAACCAAGUCUAUUGGAGUUUCUAACUUCACUGCUGACCACCUGAAGAGUAUAUUGGAAAUUGCCACUAUACCCCCCGCAGUCAACCAGGUUGAGGCUCAUCCAUAUGUAUGGAAAGCGUUGCAGCCGAAUCUUGCCAUCCACGACCAAUACAAAAUCGUUACGUCGUCGUAUGGUGGUUUGUCACCUCUUUUCCGUGGAAAAGGUGGCCCACUAGACCCCGUGGUCGAGCAAAUCCGCGCUCGCUUGGAAAAAACUCGUGGCGCCCCUGUGUCUGAUGGUCAGGUGUUGAACAAAUGGCUUCAACAGAAAGGCGUUCUUGUGGUAACGUAAGAUUUAAUCCCCACAUUCACCAGUUAUGGUUUUCUAAUGCUUACGUCAUCGUAGGACCUCGUCGAAAGCCGAACGCAUCAGGGAAUACCUUGACACUCAGAACGUACCAGAGCUUACACCCGAGGAGAUCGCCCUUAUAGACACUACUGGGGGAAAACUUCACCAAAGAUACUUCGUAAGUUUGGAGCUUGACGAUGACUCACGUUCUCCUGCUCAUCUUCCAUUUCAGCCUGGAAACUGGCCGCCCGAGUAAGUCGGCGAUUAUUGUGGCAGGACUUGGAAUGGUUUCAUCCGAGAGAGUAGAUCUCACUUGUAACCUGUAGGAG